UUUACCAAAAUAAUUGUCCGGUAUAAAGUUAAAAGAUUCGAAACUGUUAAUUUAUAAUUAUAGAGCCAGAUCUGACGGCCUUUGCGCGAAACAUACGAAAUGUGAGGUUAUGUUUGGAGGAAUUAUUUAUUUGUGUAAAUGGCCGUUAUAUUCCGUAUACAAACGUUUGGGGGGACCUGGUAUAAACAUGUUUUAUCACAUAUCGUUAGAACACGAAAUUUUAUUACACCCUAGAUACUUUGGACCUCAAUUAUUAGAUACAGUGAAACAAAAACUGUAUACUGAAGUAGAAGGCACCUGUACGGGAAAAUAUGGUUUCGUAGUUGCUGUAACAACAAUAGAUAACAUUGGUGCAGGGAUCAUACAGCCAGGACAAGGUUUUGUUGUGUAUCCUGUUAAAUACAAGGCCAUUGUAUUCAGACCAUUUAAAGGAGAAGUAUUAGAUGCUAUAGUAACACAAGUAAACAAGGUUGGAAUGUUUGCUGAGAUAGGGCCACUUUCAUGUUUUAUAUCGCACCAUUCAAUUCCAGCAGAUAUGCAGUUUUGUCCAAAUAUAAAUCCACCGUGCUACAAAUCUAAAGAAGAGGAUGUAAUUAUUCAACCAGAUGAUGAGAUAAGGUUAAAAAUUGUGGGCACAAGAGUCGAUGCAACAGGAAUUUUUGCUAUUGGAACAUUGAUGGAUGAUUAUCUGGGUAAAUAUUUGUUUUAUCAGCCUAGUGAUUUCUUACAAUAUUAUUCAUUUUCAUAACACAUGUUUUCUUUUAUAGGACUUGUGUGUAAUUGAAUGCAAUCAACACAUAGAUUAUUCUAAUGUAAGCUUUGCAUAUAAAUUAAAGUAAUAUUUUAUUAUAAAAUAAUAACUUUUAUGUACCAUAUAAAGUAGGGAAUAUUUAUUUAA